AUGUCUCCCCCUCCCUCGACGCCCGGCAAGAAAGUGGGCGCGCGUGACCUCUUCAAUGGCGGACUGCUGCAGUGCAUGGAAGCCGCGACGCUCGGCAUGCCCUUCGAGGUCUGGAAGACGCGCAUGGGGCGCUACCGCUCCGAAACGACUGGCCAGGCCUUCCGCAACGUGAUGCGCGAAGGCGGUGGAGUCGCUGCCUUUUGGGCCGGCACAGGGCCCAAGAUGGUCGAGUCGGCGUCCAAAGGGGCCAUCCUGCUCUACUCGAAAGAAGCCAUCUCCGACUCGCUGCGAGCUGCGGGUGUGGGUGAGACGGCGACGGGUUUCCUGGCGGGGGCGGGCGGAGGCGUGUGCCAGGUCGUGGUCAUGGGUCCCUGUACGUUCCUCGUCACGGGGGCUGUCACGGGGGACCGCUCGAUCUCGACCAUGCAGCGGAUCCACAACGUGUACGGCACGCACGGCCUCAAGGGGUUCUAUCCAGGGGGAACCGCGAUCGCGUUCCGACAGGCGACAAACUGGGCGUCGCGUCAGGGCUUUACCGAGAUCGUGCGCGGGCAGUUCAAGGUGCUGUUCCACGGCGACAAGGAGGCCAAGUUGACGGUGGUGCAAGAGGCUGGCGCUGGCAUUGUCGGGGGCGCGCUGUCCUGCUGGAACCACCCGUUUGAGGUCGCACGCAUCCAGAUGCAAAGUGCUGCCGACCGCGGCGAGCCCAAGCAGAACAUGAUGCAGGUCUUCCGCACUGUCAUUCGGGAGCAAGGCUACGGAGGGCUCUUCAAGGGGAUCGUGCCACGCUUGGGGCUGGGCAUCUGGCAGACGCUCUUUAUGGUCACGGGCGCCAAGCUCGUGCGUCAAGCGCUGGAAGACAAGAGAUAG